AUGAGGUUGAUUCUGGUUAAACCCACUAAUGCAACCCGGCGCCUCGACACAACAGGUCAAGCGUUCUGCGAUGAUGACCGUGAUGGUUGCACCUCAAGAGGCCUGUCACACCAGGCCAAAAAUUCUGAGGGGAAACACGGACAAUACUCGGAAACACUCAUGGAAGUAACUUCACCGACACGGGAUACAAGUCUCUGUUGUGCUCCUUCACUGCCCCACGAAACUUCCAAUGGAGUCAUUCCAUCCCCAAAAGUUUCUGCUCAGAUGUCACAGCUGCAAUCUGAAAACAUGACCAUAUCAGAGCUAAGGAAUCAAGACUGGAUGCUUCUUUGUGGCCAAGUUAGCGGUGAAGGAGCGGAGUCAUCCUCAUCCCAAAGACCAGCCACUGGUAUGGGAUAUCCCAACCACAAUGACACAUGUGCUUGUUCCUGUCCUGAUGCACAGACGCAACAUUCAGAAGCGUCUAGCUUCCAACCGCAGUCAAAUCACACUUCAUUUCAAGGUUGUCUCUUGCACAAAAUAAGCCUUUCAUCCUCACCCCACUCACACUUUUUCUCUCCAAGCACCCAACUUUCUGAUCAUUGCCAUGUUUUUCCACACGAAACAAACCAAAGGGACUUCUUGAAACCUGCAAAUAAGCAUUCACAUGGUGGUUUCAGGCCUCAGUGCAGCAACCAACAAGCACAAAAGACUCUUUCACAACAACAACAAACUUAUAAUCAUUUCAAAGAUACCAAUUCAAAUUUCAACAUCCCUCUGUACGACAACAAAUGUCCUGAGAAAAAAGGGAAACUUAUCCAACAUUCUCAGUCUGCCGUGAGUGACGAGCCCCACAGGAGAGAAACGUUUCAAGAUCGUGAAAAGCAACAUGCACGUUACUCUGUCAGCGGUGGCGAAACCUGGAAGCUCCGCAGAGAUCCUCCCAACAUCCUCAAGUGUCGCCAUCUCUCAUCCAACCAUGUGACCAAGACAGCCCGCGUCAAGAGGUCCUCUACACCAGCCACUAACCACAGUGUUCAGUCCUUUUCCACCAGUCAGUAUAGCUCACUUGACCAUCAAGACCUAGUAGAGGAGGCAACAAGAACAAGAUCUAGUCAGGUACACGAUUGUGGAUCCAAACUCUCUCCUCCAAAACAUGCUGCUCCCUCCAAAGUCACAGGAAGUGGUGUCCUUGGCAACGGUGAUGCUGUGGGAUCACUGGCCAGCCAUGACACGAUGAGAUCCAGUUUGACAGAACUCCAGUCAAGCCAGCAGCUUCUUCACAGCACUCUCUUGGAGGAUGCCUUCUCCAAAGUCAUCAGAGAGGAUUCAAGUAAGGCCUAUUGUGACAACACCACCAGGGAGGAAGGUAGCGUACCGCAGAAAAAGGACAUCAGCUUCCGACUGGGUCAGCGCAGAGCUCUUUUUGGGAAGCGUAAACAGCUGAGUGACUAUGCUUUAGUCUGUGGGAUGUUUGGCAUUGUUGUCAUGGUGAUUGAGACUGAGUUGUCGGGAGGAUUUUACAGCAAGGAGUCCAUAUAUUCAUAUGUACUAAAAGGCCUUAUCAGUGUUUCUACUGCUAUUUUACUUGGUCUUAUUCUCAUGUAUCAUGCAAGGGAAAUCCAGCUCUUCAUGGUGGACAAUGGUGCAGAUGACUGGAGGAUCGCCAUGACCUUUGAGCGGGUUCUCUUCAUUAUGUUGGAGCUCCUCGUGUGUGCCAUCCAUCCCAUCCCGGGCCAAUAUGUGUUUAGCUGGACCGCUCGACUGGCCUUCAACUACACCACAUUGGUAGCGGAUGCGGAUGCGGAUGUCGACAUCAUCCUGUCCGUCCCCAUGUUUCUGCGCCUCUACCUGAUUGGCCGGGUCAUGCUACUCCACAGCAAACUCUUCACAGACGCUUCGUCUCGUAGCAUCGGGGCGCUCAACAAGAUCAGCUUUGACACUCGUUUUGUCAUGAAGACUCUGAUGACCAUCUGCCCUGGUACUGUUCUACUGGUGUUCAGCGUAUCCUGUUGGAUCAUCGCAGCAUGGACUGUGCGCAUAUGUGAGAGGUAUCACGAUGCACAGGAGGUGACCAGCACCUUUCUGGGAGCAAUGUGGCUGAUCUCCAUUACCUUCCUGUCCAUUGGCUAUGGUGACAUGGUGCCUCACACUUACUGCGGAAAAGGAGUGUGCCUCUUAACAGGAAUCAUGGGAGCAGGCUGUACAGCUUUGGUGGUCGCUGUGGUUGCAAGGAAGUCAGAACUCACCAGAGCUGAGAAGCACGUACAUAACUUCAUGAUGGAUACUCAGCUCUAUAAAAAGGUAAAAAACACAGCAGCCAAUGUGUUGAGAGAGACAUGGCUGAUUUACAAACACACCAAGCUGGUGAAGAAAGUUGAUCGCACAACAGUCCGCCACCAUCAGCGUAAAUUCCUGCAAGCUAUCCACCAACUGCGAAAAGUUAAAAUGGAACAAAGGAAACUAACUGACCAGGCCAACACCAUUGCUGACCUUGCAAAGACUCAGAACAUGAUGUAUGAUCUGGUGUCGGACCUGCAGCAUCGAAGUGAGGAGCUGGACAAGAGGAUUGUGGCCCUUGAGGACAAACUGGACUUGAUGCUUCUCAACGUGCACUCGCUGCCUGACGUGCUCUCGCAAGCAAUAACAAAGAUACAAAAAGAUUUUCUCGAUGACUUGGCCUGCCAUGUCCAUUCCCUGUCGUCCUCCCUGAGCUCUGAGUGCUGCUCUGUUCCCGCCAGACCGCUCUGUCAAGGCCCCACCUCAUCACAGACGCCAUACGGCUGAUUGACCUAAAACAUGCAGAAGGACUACUUAAUUCAGAGAACUUUACAAGAGGAUACGCAUUUCGACCUCUUUUGAGUCCCAGUUACACCUUCAAGUUUCCCAAUCAUCCUAAAUCCAGAACCUGUAAAUUGACAAAAGGUUAUUUAAAUGUGCAUUUAUUCCUUUUUUACCAGAAGUCCAAGAUGAGAAAUUUGUACUUCCAUUACCCUGCAUACAUGCAGUGCUUAACAUAAAUGAAUAUAACGCCUUUGAAAAGUAAUCUUCUUAUACAUUUCUCAGUGAACAAAAGAAUAAUGUU